AUGAUUGGAAACUGGGGCAAAGCCCUCUACUCAAUUGGCGGCCUACGGCCAAAAGACAAAUGUGGCUCACCACCCCCCUUUGGGAUCCUGAUCUUCACACCUUCGGGAUGGGGGGUGUCUGCCUCAUCUUCUAAAUUCCGCAGUCCUUUUCUGAGUGAUCCACCUCAUGGAUUUCGAUCGCCCAGCACCUUCCAUUGGGUCCACCAAUCCCACGGGUUUGAGUCUGAGACAGAUAAUUCUACUCGCACACCUGGUCAAAUUAGGGGGGGCGGAGCCCCAUUUAAUGAUAUGACCAAUUUAUUGUUGGAGACUAUGUAUUCUUUAGCUAAAGCAGGUCCAUCCAGUACAAUGGAUAGAGGCCACCAAUCCCACGGGCUUUAUAUAGUCCAGUGUGGACACUCUCACGGGAUGAGUUACAUGGCUUGGGUUCGGGGAUUGUGUGGGCUCCGCGAUAGACCUACGGGAGACUCAACACGACCUAAUCUAUGUAGGGACACUCAUCCUAUUAUGAACCUAAAUAAUCAGGUAACAUAUCGUACUAUCUGGAGAGCGCAGCUCUCCAUAUCUCCCUCAAUUAAUAGCCCUUCAGGUAUAAUUAUUACCUCCUUGAAAAAGGUUCGGGGUCCCACCCAAACCAAAAUUAAAGAGAUUGCAAGAUUAGAGACCUUUGGGUCUUCGACUCAGACUAAAAUCAAUGGGAGGCGGGUCGCUACCACCCAUAAGCUAUUCUACACCGACUAUUUAGAGACCAGACCAAAUCAGAUGGUGGUGGGCCAGGACGAAGAUCAUGGGGAUGAGCAUUUACCUUUAGGUACUAGAUCCCGCAGGAGGGUGAUAAUUAACCGUUCGGAAUCGGUCCCCCCAAUACUUUCGUGGAUCCCGCAGGGAGGUGGGGCAUCUACCUGGAGGGUCUCGGCUUAUCUACCUCUUAGAGGAUAA